GUUUAGUAAAAUGAUAUAACUUUGCGCAUAUACAUUUCAUUCUACCUUGACUACCGGUGGAUUAAAGUAGCAUGUUUCUUAGAAUUAUUUUGUAUGGCGUUGUAAUAUAUCCAAUAUGCCAUGGAAUAGCGCAAAUAAAGAAGGAAAAAUUAUUUUCUACCGAAGCGGGAAAAAGAAUUGUUUCAAGCCUUUCAACAAUUACAACAACAACUGCUUCUUCAACAGCGUGUGCAAGUUUGUGUACCAGCGAUAAGGAUUGCAUGACAGCAAGUUAUUAUAAUAUUACAAAACAGUGUAAAUUGGAUUCAGACUGUAACCCAACGACAGAAAAUUGGCAAAAUGGAAUAUUUAUUCGAUUAAAGACUAUUCCGUCUGAUUGCUCUGAAUUUCCGGAUGGGACUAUCGACGGGGUUUACACUAUUUCCGUAAACAACGACUGUAUAAAUGUUUACUGUGAUAUGGUGGACAAAUGGACGGUGAUACAGAGACGACACGAUGGUUCUACAGAUUUCUAUAGAGACUGGUCGGAAUAUAAAAAUGGGUUUGGUGAUCUAUCAGGAGAAUAUUGGCUCGGUAACGACAACAUUUUCAAUAUAUUAAAUGGAAAAACGUACAGUUUAAGGUUUGACUUACAAGACUGGUCUGGAGAGCGGCGCUAUGCUCAGUAUGAGACGUUUAGUAUAGCAGAUGAGUCUGCGGAGUACCAAUUGACAUUGGCAGGGUAUAGUGGGGAUGCUGGUGAUUCCAUGUUGGAUAGUGAUCCGCCAUUAAAUUUAAAUGGACAACGAUUUUCCACGAAAGAUCGCGACAAUGAUGAUGAUAAUACAGGUGGGCAGUGUGCUUUGACACAGAAAGGUGGGUGGUGGUACAAAUGGUGUACCUAUGCAAAUCCGAAUGGACUUUACUUUCUUGGAACUGAAUCUGACUACUCCGGGAUAUAUUGGUACAAAUGGAAUGCCUCAAUACCCUUCUAUCGCAUGAAAUCUGUUACAAUGAAGAUCAAACGUCUACCUUGAGGAAAAGGUUCUGGUGCAGCUAAUUUGGCGCCAUAAUGUGUUUAAUAAUGAAAUUUACAAAGUGUACCUUGA